GACAGCUGUCAAGUCAUUCUUUCACCGAGUUUCAGCCACGUUAGAGAGUUAUUUUCUUGAAGUCUGGUCGCGUAAAAUACCAGAUAAAACGGUUUAAAUUCUGCGGAAAAGUCCCUACGCGGUCUAUCCUGUUGAUGAUGAGUGAGACCAUCGCAUGUACGCCGGAUUCGGCAAUUUUCGAUGCCCCACAGCUGCAAUUUAACGAAGAAGGAUGGGGUCCCUGUGAACUUCCGGAUGCGUUUAAGGACAUUCCGUACCAGCCGUUCAGCAAGAGCGACCGUUUGGGCAAGAUUUCCGACUGGACCGGCACGGCCCAGACCGAUAAGAAGUAUCCCAAUAAAUAUGCAUCGCAGUUUGGAGGUGGUAACCAAUACGCGUACUACCAUGAAGAGGACGAGACGACAUUCCAUUUGGUGGACAGUGCUAGGAUUCAAAAGCAGCCCCAUCAACGCGGUCGCUUCCGUGGCAAUAUGAGAAACCAGCGUGGACGCGGACGUGGUGGCCGAGGAGGUGUACAGGCCGGUGGAAUGACAACGCUGUCCAAGAAUGCCAACAAGGGACGCGAUCAGCGCAGAGGCACGACCCGUAAAUGGGGUGCCCGUCCGCCGCCGAAAAUUCGCGACGCAUCUGUCGCUGUCCGUCCGGAUUGGGUUACGGUGGAAGAGAUGGACUUCCCCCGGUUGAGCAAACUAUCGCUUCCGAAUGUCGAAAAGGGCGAAGAUAUUACCACUUGCGGCACGCUGGAAUAUUACGAUAAGACUUACGAUCGUGUCAAUGUCAAGAACGAAAAGCCACUGCAGCGUGUGGAUAGAAUCUUCCACACAGUUACCACCACCGAUGACCCUGUCAUUCGUCUGCUGUCGAAGAGUCACGGAAACGUCUAUGCAACCGAUGCAAUUUUGGCUACAAUUAUGUGCUGCACAAGGUCCAACUACUCGUGGGAUAUUGUCAUUGAGAAGAUAGGCGACAAACUUUUCAUGGACAAGCGAGACAACACCGAGUUCGAUUUGUUAACCGUAAACGAAACCGCUAUUGAACCCCCGAAUGAAGAUGGAAACUCUUUGAACUCCCCUCGGAAUUUGGCCAUUGAAGCCACCUUCAUUAACCACAAUUUCAGCCAACAGGUAUUGAAGAGUGGUGAGAAGGAACCCAAGUUCAAAUUUGACCAACAGAAUCCAUUCAUUGGCGAUGAUGAAGACGGUGAAGUCGCCAGCGUUGCUUACCGAUACCGAAAAUGGGACUUGAAUAAUGGUAUUGAGCUGGUAGCCCGUUGCGAGCACGAUGCUGUUCUGCUAACGCCUCAAGCAGACACGCAGUUUUUGACGAUAAAGGCCCUGAACGAGUGGGACUCCAAGGUGGCCAACGGUGUCGAAUGGCGUCAGAAGCUGGACACCCAGCGUGGUGCCGUAUUGGCGAACGAACUGCGAAACAAUUCCUGCAAAUUGGCUAAGUGGACUGUGCAAGCUCUCCUGGCUGGAUCCGAUCAAAUCAAGUUCGGAUAUGUAUCUCGUGCCCACGUGCGAGAUUCAUCGCGUCACGUUAUUCUUGGCACGCAGCAAUUCAAGCCACAAGAAUUCGCCAACCAGAUCAAUCUGAGCAUGGACAACGCCUGGGGUAUUCUGCGCUGCAUCAUUGACAUAUGCAUGAAGCAAAAGGAUGGCAAAUAUUUGAUCAUGAAGGACCCGAACAAACCAAUGAUCCGGUUGUACGAUAUUCCCGACAAUACGUUCGAGUCGGAUGGCGAAGAAGAGGAAGGUGACGACGGUGAGGCAUUCCAAACGUAUGCCUAUGGGCCAUCGAUUACUACGACGACAGAAGCGAAAGCGGCUGCCGUCGCAGCAGCAGCAGCUGUUGCUGCUGCUGCUGCAGCUGCCGCUGCCGCAACAUCGACUGCUGCUGCGACUGUUGCUGCAACGACUACUCCAACUGUACAGGCUGUCACGGAAACAGCCCCUACUUCUACGGAAGCCAUUAUUCCAGCAACUGCUAUUAAGACAUCUGCCGCAGUGGCAGCACAAAAGUAAGAUCAUUUUAAUUCACUACACAUUAUUUAUGGUAAAGAAGAGUUCUAUCCAGUUAAACCGAGUAAACAUUAGCCUUUUCUUGAUUAAUCAACAUAAAAUUUAGAAAUCAUUUUCAGUUGUAAUGUACAUCUUGCGCAAACUAAAGGGAAUGAUCAAAUACUACAAAGAAAUUAAAAAAGUUCUACCGGCAACGGGUGCAAACCGCUGUUGGAAGGGCACCAAAAAACAA